ACAGACUUGAAUCAAAGGAGCCUUUCCUGUCCGUUGGUGGUUAUGUCUUUGAUUAUGAUUACUACAGAGAUGAUUUCUACAAUCGGUUGUUUGAUUACCAUGGCCGUGUCCCCCCACCACCCCGUGCAGUCAUUCCACUGAAGCGUCCUCGUGUGGCUGUGACAACAACUCGCAGAGGCAAAGGGGUUUUCUCCAUGAAAGGAGCAUCACGAUCCACCUCAAGUGGGGCUUCUUCCUCAGGAUCCAAAUCACCCACCUGUCUUCCCCUGCCCCUUAUGUGGAGUGAUACUGUCCUUGGAAGCGUCACUGGAAGAGGAAGAGAAAGAUCAGUGAAAUCAGAUGAGUUGCAAACAAUCAAGAAGGAAUUAACCCAAAUCAAAACAAAAAUUGACUCCUUGCUAGGGAGACUGGAAAAGAUUGAAAAGCAGCAAAAAGCUGAAGCAGAAGCUCAAAAGAAACAAAUGGAAGAUAAUGCUGAUUUGAUUCAAGAGGAAUGCAUAUCAGAGAAUGCAGAUAACUCUACAGAAGAGCCAAUUGAAGGAGGGCCAGAUGCAGAUGGGGAUGGAGAAGAUAUGACUGAUGGGAUAGAGGAGGAUUUUGAUGAGGAUGGCAGCAAUGAGCUGUUUCUACAGAUCAAGUGAUGAGAUGUCAUGUGUGAACCCCUGAAGGCUGAGAAGAGAAACCCUGACUCCCCCACAGAAAAUUGUGAACUGCGGUUUCUUACUGGC